CCGCGUCCCCUCCCCGGCCGGCGGGAGGCGGCGGCUCUCCCAUGCCGCCCGCCUCGCCCCUUGCUUUGAAUUUCUGCCCGUCGGCCGAUCUGGGGAGAGACGGGGAGGGGGUACGUCCCCUCGCACUUUCCUCCCCCUCCACUUCUUUUUUUCCACCCUUUUUUGCCUUCCCUCCAUUACGCCCCCCUCCUCCCCAGCCCCCUUCUCCUCCACCGGGACUGUUCGGCGGCCAUGCGGCCGGUCCUGGGCGAGCGGCUCUAACUCGCCACCUCGCCCGGAUGGCCCCCCGGAGCCGCGGGCGGAUGGAGCCGAGCUACGUCGUGGGUAUCUGCUGCCUGGUGCUGCUGGAGCCGGGCCGGGUGUGGAGCGGCGAGCCCAGCACCGGGGGGCCCGGGGAGAGCGGGAACAGCAGCCAGGCACCGCCGCCGGAGACCACGGCCCCCGCGCCCACCGGAGCGGCACCACCGGGGGGGGACCGCUGCCGCGGGUACUACGACGUGAUGGGGCAGUGGGACCCGCCGUUCAACUGCAACGCCGGCAUCUACCAGUACUGCUGCGGGACCUGCGGGUACCGCUUCUGCUGUCAGUUCAAGCCCAGGCGGCUGGACCAGAGUGGCUGCUCCAACUAUGACACCCCCAACUGGGUCAACACGGGCCAGCCACCUGCCCGGGUGGACGAGACCCCCGAGGACCCCACUCGUGACAAGACCAACAUGAUCGUCUACAUCAUCUGUGGCGUGGUGGCCAUCAUGGUGCUGGUGGGCAUCUUCACCAAGCUGGGCCUGGAGAAGGCACAGGGUCCCCAGACAGAGAUGACCGUCUCCAGGACACUGACAGACCUGCUGAAGCAGCCAGGCCAGAGCCCCUCUGAGAACAUGGACAGCCUCAUGGGGGGUGUGCAGGUCCCAUUGGGUGAGGGGCUGGCCCGGGGGCCCCCCAGAAACAGCACAGACAAGCCGCCCUUGAACAAUGCGGUGCCCAUUGCUCCCUCACUGGGGCGGCCCCACAGCCAUGGCAAGCGCCUGCCGCUGGCCAGCAGCCUGGCCCUGUCAGCCUCAGACUACACUUCCUACACCACCCUCAAGGUUGGAGCCAGCACCCUCGGCACCUCGCCACCAACAGCAAGACUGAGGUCACAGUCUGACGACCAGCACUGCCAGGGGCUGGGGCUGCCCCCUCACCGGGGUGUUGCUGCCCUCGGGGGCAGCCCACUAGAGCAAAGCAUCGUAGGAUCUACGUAAACUGCAACGCUGGCCAGAGGGGGAGAUGCGCCGUCCUUCCUCCCCUCCAGGGAUGGCAACUGCUGGCUGCACUUCACCAUCGAGGAGGCAUUGGGGUCUCAUCCGGGCAACAAGUUUCAGCCAUUCUCAGCCCGCCCCAUGAAGAGGCUGAGCUGGGAGCACACUGACAGAGCAGUACCCUGCUCAAGGGACAGGGGCCAGUGCUGGACAGACUGGGAACACAUCCUGCUUGGGCCAGGCAACCAAACCUAGCUCCAGUGAGCAGGUGAGGGGAAGAGCAAUGGACUCAAAGCACCAGCCUGGUGCUGCCAGUAAAGCCCAGCAGCCCCUUUCCCUCCCCAGCCUCCCCUUUCCCACUGCCCCAGCCUCCAUCUUGUCAAUAAAUAAUACA